AUGUGAUAAACCCCGAGCCCUGUUUGCAUGACGGUGGUAGUUUUGCGUGGGGCCUGAGGCUUUACCCAGGGGAGUUGUGAUCCACACAACGUCAGGUUCCAUGCCAUACCAAGCGCAGCGCAGCCUGGUUACCGAUAGUCCAGACGCCAACGCCAGGGCGGGCACCUUUGACUUGGCACGUUUUGGGCCACCAAACAGUUAGCAGAGAGAUCUCUCUUCUUCCACCCAAGAAGCUUGAUUGCUUUUUGCUUUCUCUUUCCACUCCACUGUUCCACGACUGCACCACUCCCCUGGCCUCUACGAAUUAAUCUCUCUCAAGCAUUGAAAAAGGAUCAGAAGGGAGAAUUGAAAAGCAAGCACCAAUGGCGGGAACAGGAGUAUUUGCAGAGAUCGUAGACGGAGAAGUGUUCAAGUACUACUCGGAGGGCCAGUGGAAGAAGUCCUCCUCUGGGAAAUCUGUGCCCAUCAUCAACCCCACCACCAGAAAGACCCAUUUCAAGGUUCAAGCUUGCACGCAAGAGGAGGUGAACAAGGUCAUUGAAGCAGCAAAAACAGCGCAGAAAGUAUGGGCAAAGACGCCGUUGUGGAAGAGAGCAGAAUUGCUUCACAAGGCUGCUGCGAUUCUCAAAGAGCAUAAAGGCCCGAUCGCUGAGUGCCUUGUGAAGGAGAUAGCCAAACCAGCCAAAGAUGCUGCGACGGAAGUUGUAAGGUCUGGGGAUUUGGUGUCCUACUGUGCUGAAGAGGGGCUUAGGAUUCUUGGGGAGGGGAAGUUUCUGGUUUCUGAUAGCUUUCCUGGGAAUGAGAGGACAAAGUACUGUCUUACUUCCAAGAUUCCAUUGGGGGUUAUUUUAGCUAUACCCCCCUUCAACUAUCCCGUAAAUCUUGCUGUCUCAAAAAUUGCUCCUGCACUCAUUGCUGGCAACUCCCUUGUUCUGAAGCCCCCAACACAGGGUGCUGUAGCUGCACUUCACAUGGUUCAUUGCUUUCACUUGGCUGGUUUCCCCAAGGGCCUUAUCAGUUGUGUCACAGGAAAAGGUUCUGAGAUUGGUGACUUCCUUACAAUGCAUCCAGGGGUAAAUUGUAUAAGCUUCACUGGUGGAGACACUGGAAUUGCUAUCUCAAAAAAAUCGGGCAUGAUCCCUCUUCAGAUGGAACUGGGUGGAAAAGAUGCCUGCAUCAUUCUGGAAGAUGCUGAUUUGGAUUUGGCUGCAGCAAACAUAAUAAAAGGAGGAUUCUCUUACAGUGGUCAAAGAUGCACAGCAGUUAAGGUUGUGUUGGUAAUGGAAUCAGUUGCUGAUGCUCUUGUCGCAAAAGUUAAUGCUAAAUUGGCAAAGCUCACUGUUGGAUCACCUGAGGAUGACUGCGAUAUCACUCCAGUUGUUACAGAAUCCUCUGCUAACUUUAUUGAAGGAUUAGUAAUGGAUGCCAAGCAGAAAGAAGCAACAUUUUGCCAGGUGUACAAGAGGGAGGGUAACCUAAUAUGGCCAUUGCUUCUAGAUAAUGUUCGACCUGACAUGAGGAUUGCCUGGGAGGAGCCGUUUGGCCCAGUUCUGCCAGUUAUUAGGAUAAAUUCUGUUGAAGAGGGAAUCCAUCAUUGCAACGCCAGCAAUUUUGGGCUCCAGGGUUGUGUGUUUACGAGAGACAUAAACAAAGCGAUUUUGAUCAGUGAUGCAAUGGAGGCAGGAACUGUCCAGAUUAAUUCAGCACCAGCUCGCGGCCCAGAUCACUUUCCUUUCCAGGGUUUGAGGGACAGCGGAAUUGGUUCCCAAGGAAUCACCAACAGUAUCAAUAUGAUGACGAAAAUCAAGAGCACUGUUAUCAACUUGCCAACCCCUUCUUACACAAUGGGUUGAUAACCCAGUAGCUUAUAAAUUACAAGUAGGUUGCAGCUUAGCUUACUAGCAUAAUCAGCCAGAGAGAUGGAUGUUUCUCGGCAUGUUUUGUUAUUUGGCCGAUGCGAAAGGUGAAGGGUGGGAUGAACCUUGUAUCUGCUAUGUUAAUGUACCUUCUGUGUUUUAAAGGAAAUGGGUUGAGCCUGGGAUCUGCCAUAUACCUUUUGUCUUGUAAAGGAAAGGCUUCUUGUUAUAGGAAACCUUUAGGGUGAGAGUUGAGCCAAACCCUGUAUUUCAGUACUUUAGAUGCUUUGUACAAUUGUUGCUUAUAUUGAGUUUGGCAAAGGGCAACCAACCCUCCCAGUGCUCAUUUGAUUAAAGCAAGUAUGCAGUUUGUGCUCGCA